AGUGAUGAGUCACAAACCCAGACAAUGAUUGUCGGUGCAGCAGUGCACUACACUACUUUUGCAGUUCAAAGAAAAAGCAAGUAUAUAUUUUAAUCUCUGAGACUGUUAAAAAGGUUAAUUUCUUCAUAUUUCCAGUCUUUGACUUGACUGUCGGCUCUACAGGCAAAGGUAAUGUCCUUUUUCUUUAUAAUGUCCUCCAUGCAUUGACAGUGUUCGAAACCUUGGGCUGAAUGGGAUAAAAGAGGUAGCACUGAAGGAGGGUGGCUAUAGUAACAGUAGAUAUAACCUCUGAAGCCUUUUAUACGUUCAUUUAUUAUUAGACCCUUGCAAAUGGAGGAGAAAGACAUGGCUGAAGAGUGCUGUGCCUCAAACGGUGAAAAUGGCCAGAUACAACUGCUGCCUGAAGAAAGCAAGCUCCAGUAUUCAGGUAACAAAGUAUGAACUUUAUUUCACUUCGUUUUCUGGCUGAAAAAAAUGUUAAAUGAGUUAAAGAUAGUUUUUGAACUGCAGUUGCAGCCAAACUGCCCUCAUCAACAGAUGAUAGAAAUGAGUUAACAAUCAGUGUGCAUGACCAAAGAUGAGAUAUAAGUUAUAGCUAACAGCUACAGUUGGUUUGCGUGUCAGCCAGGUCAGCCACGUCCCUGAUCAAAAACCUGUAACCCAAGUCUCUUCUAAACUUAUGGGUAAAAGUUCACCCCCUGCGGUGCAUGCAGAAAGUGAAAUGAAUAGUCUAGAAGUAUUCAUUUUGCAGCGAAGGUUUUUAGAACAUGUGACUUCUAGUGUUUUUUCUACCAAGCAUCAAGUGGACUCUUAAGGAACUGCACUUGUAAGUGGAGGGAAUCUACCAUAGUUUCAUUCCUAGAGACUAAAUUUCUAUAUUUAAAAAAAAAGAGGUUUAGAACACUUCACUUUUCAUCUCAUGGUUAAUCGGGUAGCCUAUGGCUCUCAUAUAACCACACAAAGAGCCCACCUCCUGUAGACAUGUUUUUUUUUUGUACAAAUAAUUUUUCAGACUCUGUGCUUUGAUUCUCCCGUCUUGGACUUAGGCUUAGACAACUUUAUUAAUCCCACCAGGGGCAAUUGAUUUGGGCAGCUUGUAUACAGUCACCCUGCAGAAACACAAGUACACAGAACAUACAUAAAGUAUAUACAGAAUGGAUCAAAUCAAAAUGCUGAGGAAUGCAGUGGAAUCAAAAAUCAGUAAAACAUUGGUUAAUACAUAGAUUACUAAGAAGACUGUCCAAUGAAAUGUACAUGAUAAAAAGAAUAAAAUCAUGAAUCAUGACAUGAAUCCUGCAGAAUAAAAUGCUGAUCAUGGAGAUAAGAGAUUGGACUAGAUUACGCUAGAGAGAGUGUUCAUGAAUUCCACAGGCCUAUUUGGGGCUUGUGUAAAAGUUUGAGCUAUUUGAUUGGACACUGACACUGUUGGUAAAAAGUUGCAUUAAAUUUGAACCUGCACAGACACUGUUAAGAAAUUGUGAGUCAAUAAAGUACACAUGGUAGCUUAGCAACUGAGGUUGAAGAAGAGCAUUACAGAUAUUUAUGUCCGUAUGUCACAAUUCCAUAUAAGUAAGGCGAGGGGGGACGGGUUCAUUCUUUUACUUCCCUUUCUCUGCUCUAGAAAACUGUAAAUCCUUUCACUGGUUUAUUCUUUAAAAAACACAUUAACAUUUCCUUAGUUCCCUUAAUUACAUAAUUCAGUUUUACAUGUUUUGACCUGGUUGUCAUAGUGUGACAAUUUUCUGCAACUAAAAACAUUUGGAAAUAGGAAAAAAAAAAAACACAACUCUGUGUUCUUGUCAAUGACUCACAAAUUAUUGUAAUAGGAUAAUGAUUUGGAUUUUUUUAGAGUUUUGCUUCAAAUAUCACCUCAAAAUAAUAUCAUGUAACAUGUUCAUAAGGUUUAUUAGUCCUUUGGUCUACGUCAUCUCUUUGUGUUGAAAGGAAAUGUUUGUUCAAGCAUUUUAACUGCUAUACUAUAGUGAUAUAUUGUGCUUUACCAUAGCCUCCCCAGGCUUCUUUAACUCUAUACUUUUGUUUCCUUCCCUCUUGUCUUAAGUUCAUGCAGUGAGGCAAAACCCUUUGCGAGUUGCCACAGUCUGCCUCGGCCUGCUUUGUCUAUCCCUGUUAGUUGGGAUCAUAGCUCAGAGCGUACAACGUGAGUUUUCCUCCCUGUUUUUACUGUACAACUUUCAAAUUGAUAAGUAGUUGUUUUGCAGUAAUACCAUUGAUUUGAUAUUCUUUUUUAUUUUAUUCUUGCAGAUCGAAAAGUAGAGGAAGACCAUCAGAAUAAACUCCUAGCUGGGUUAACAGAGAAGGAAGAUCUCCAGAUGAAAUUAAAGACAGAGCAGAUAAAGAAACAAGUUCUUCAGAACAGGCAGAAUGAGAUAAAGGAACAAACCCUCUACAUGUCGAAAGAGACAAACCAGCUGCAGGCAGAAAACAACCAAUUGGACGCAGAUUCACUCAAACUCAGACUUAGUCAAAGCCAGCUGCAGGCCAGCCAUACUUCUUUAACCAAAGAGGUGGAGCAGCUGAGAACCAGUAGAGACCAGUUACAGGCCAACAACAACGCCCUGGCUUCAGACAAAGACCUCUUGCAAAAACAACACGAUAUAGUGCUCAGACGCAAAAAUGAUUUACACGCCCGCGUUGACACUGUUACCAAAGAAAGAGAUGCAUUGCUGAGUAAAACAAACAAUGUAAGCAAGUCAAGGGAUGAGCUGCAAACAGAUUACAACAACCUGGUGAGGGCCAUCAACCAUUUAGAAGGAUCGUAUAACUCCACUCUCGAUGACAAAGGCAAGAUAGAAAGCAGUCACCGAAACCUGACUGGAGAAAAGUCCCUUUUGCUGGAAGCUACCGAAGCACAUAAAAAAUCAGUUGCAGAGUUGGAAAAAGCUUAUGGAACAUACCAGAAUGAGCAACGUGACCUUAAAGCAACAUGUGAUAUUGAAGUACAAGCCAGAGAAACACUGAAGAAAAAAAACAUGAAUCUGAUUACUGAAAGAGAGCAGCUGAAGAUUGAUCUUAACGGACUGAAUAAAACUAUUGAAGGUAACCAGAAAAUAUUUCGAUAUAUACAUAAAGCAUGUUUGAUAUCACAAAAAGAAGCUUGCUGAAAUGUCUUUGGCUGGGGUGUCCUAUAUCCCUGAUAUCUUGUGCAUCACAACAAUAACCUAAUGCACCAAGUUUAUAACUUGUGCACACUUGAAGUCAGACAACGACCUCUUACAGAUACAUUAGCUCUCUUACACUACACUUGCACUUUGUUGGAUUAUUAAGAAAGUAAAGACGACAUGCAGGAAGCAGUGUAACAUAUUGUGAGAGGUAGAGAUCACUGCCGUAGCUCUGAUCUAACCAGUUAAGAGUGAUGAGUCCUUAUUACACUAUUGCAACUACACCAUUGCUGAAGUAUUAGAUAUGCAAUUGCACUGUUACCCUAAACCAAAUUAAAACAAAAUCACUCUCAGCAAAUCUGCAAUAUGACCAUUUUGCACAUUAACAACUAUUUAACUAUUCUUCUGGUCAAACAAAAUUAAUAUUUUCCUAAUAUUGUGUGCAAAUUUAAGUCUCAAUCUCAUUAUUGUAAGAAGACAAAGACAGGGUAUUUGUCAGUUUGUUACAUUUUGGGUUAUUAAUGCUUUGUGCUUUUAUGGUGAUGAGUGAAAGGUUGAAUCGCAAAAUAUAAAGUGAAUAAGCUUCAGUCAGAUCUGAAAGUCUAGCUUCUGUAACUCUUCUCAAUUUCCAGCAAAGAAAUGUCCCAAUGGCUGGAGGGGAUUUGAAAACAGCUGCUACUUCGUGUCCGUUCUGAAGAAAGACUGGAAUCAGGCCAGAGAAUUCUGCAGGGCCAUGAGUGCGGACCUGGCGACUGUGAAGACCCAGGAGACAAUGGUGUGUUCACAUAUCAACUCUCAACUUCAACAGUGAACCAUAGUAGCUCCUAGAGGAGGGCAUGUAUUGCAAUAUGAAUGUUCAUAUUGAUGAAGAUGAGGUCAACAUGACGUCAAAGGGUUGUAGAAAUUAGGAUCUGACUCCCCUUAGCUCUACAGUAAACUGUUUUAAUUCAGCUAUAGAGGGGAGGCAUUGACGCCCCUUGGCCUCCACUGGUACCAUCCCGAAAUCCCAAACUAGGACAGGCUAUCCUGUUGGCGCUAGCCAAUCAUCUAUACAGCAAAAUCUCAAGAAGUUUUGAUUCUUUUUCCAGUAAGGAUGUCUCUGUACAGUUCCAGAUUUACCUUCAGUCCACAAAUAUGAGACCCUCAAUUGCAUAAAAUUAGUAAAAUAAAAAUCUGCCAAGGGGUAAGCAACAUUUACUUGUGUGCAGGUUUCCUGAAAUAAGAACUCUCCUCUUAUUCAAAGCAAUUGUGAGGAACUUUUGGUUUGUGUCAAUUAUGUCUUCUUUUGUACUCGUGUUGUUUAUGACCAAAUCAUCUCAUCCUGCUGACUUUUGACAAACAAAUGCAUCAUUUACUUACUUUUACUAAUCAACUGGCAAACAAACAGAUAUCCUGGCAUCUGUUUGGGGCAUCAGAAAUUGUAACAUCAGGAUCAUCUGUCCUGUUGCUGGUGGUCUUAUUUGCUUUUAUAUGUCAUAGAAAGUUGUCAGGAUGAAUUUCAGCGUAUUCCAAAGAUGCCAAAUAAAGCUAAAUUGAAUGUUAUGGGGCUUUGAACAAGCAUGUUAUCCUAGCGCUACUGCAAUGGGAAUUAAGGAGAUGAUUUUGUACUAGACACCACUGCUUUUGUAGGUUAUACUUGAAUGUAGGUUGAUCCAGUACUUAUUUGUCCCUCUAUGUCUACAUGUGGGUUUCAUUUAACAGUGUGCUCUGUACAUUCAGACACACAAUACUAUCUGUAGUUUGCAGGCUGGAAGUGACAACAUAUAUACCUCUGCACAAAGCAGUGUCAGAAAUGAGUCAUAACCUCUUUUUUCUUCAGGUGUGGGUGGGACUAAAUCAAGCUUCUUUGCCUUUACACACAGUAGGCUGCAGUUGUAUAAAUCCUCCCCCCUAUGCCCUUAAAGCAGCUUUAUUUUUGUCUGAGCUGUGAAAUAAGUUGUAAAUGAAACAAUGACAUCAUCCCAUUGAGUCAUUUUUGUAAACAUGACUUUGAACAGUGUGUAAAGAGCAGACAGAGACUUUAAAACUGAGCUCUGGGUCGUUCGACUACACCCCAAGCUAUAUCUUUAACAUGCCAAACAGUCUUAAAUAUUAGUGUAUUUUUGCAUACCUUUUGCCAUGCAGAAUUUCGUCAAUGGCUUUUAUCCCGCUGACCAAGAAGUAUGGAUCGGGCUGACUGAUGAUGGAGUAGAGGGGCAGUGGAAAUGGGUGGACGGGACGCCACUGAACACAACGUAAGAAAACAACUUCUUAUUUCCUAAAAUCAAAAGCUGAAAAACAACACAAAAGAAAAAGAACAACACAACAACCGUGUUGUUUUUUUCUCCUUUGCAGGUUCUGGGCUGCGGGUCAGCCUAAUAGCCAUAAAGGGACCGAUCAGGACUGCGUUGAGUUCUGGCACCGUUCAUCAGGAAAUGGUGAAUGGAACGAUGAGAACUGUUCCUUAGUUCAAAAUUUCAUCUGUGAAGUAUAACUAACUGUACAGGGAAGACUUCAGGUUUAGCUAAACUGCUGAACUCUUCAAUUAUCACUGAGCAGAAUGGAAUUAUGGGAGCCAUGACAGUAAACAUGGCAUUGCUUACAGCUUAAAGAAAGAUGGACUUGCUUGUGAUGACUAAACCAAAUGUAGAGAUUGACACUUGCAUGCAUGUCAAACUAUUUUUUGUCAUGGUAAAGAGCUGAGUCACACACUCACAUGCAUUUUUUUUACAAUAGAGAUUAAAUCAGCCUGUGCAACCAGCAGUUAUCAUAGUGGUUAUAUUGAUGAAUAAUGAUAAUCUCCUGUACUCAAUGUGAUUCAAUCUGUACUCAGCAAUAAAUAAUAAAAUAUAACAAAACA